GCUUGCGCACUGCCUGCUCUCGCCCGAGGAGCCGCAGUCUCGAGAGCGCCAAGGCGGUGUUUCGGUAGUCUCUGGCAGACCUCUCCCGCGAACCCGGCGCCGUUGGACUGCGCCCAGGGCGGGGGCCUCCGCCGGGCACAGGAGGGAGCCACGAUGCCGAUCAAUAAAUCAGAGAAGCCUGAAAGCUGUGAUAAUGUGAAGGUGGUGGUUAGGUGCCGGCCCCUCAACGAGAGAGAGAAAUCAAUGUGCUAUAAACAGGCUGUCAGUGUGGAUGAGAUGAGGGGAACUAUUACUGUACAUAAGACUGAUUCUUCCAAUGAACCUCCAAAGACAUUUACUUUUGAUACUGUUUUUGGACCAGAGAGUAAACAACUUGAUGUUUAUAACUUAACUGCAAGACCUAUUAUUGAUUCUGUUCUUGAAGGCUACAAUGGAACUAUUUUUGCAUAUGGACAAACUGGAACAGGCAAAACUUUUACCAUGGAAGGUGUUCGAGCUGUUCCUGAACUUAGAGGAAUCAUUCCAAAUUCAUUUGCUCACAUAUUUGGUCAUAUUGCAAAAGCAGAGGGUGAUACAAGAUUUUUGGUUCGAGUGUCUUAUUUGGAAAUAUAUAAUGAAGAAGUCCGUGACCUUUUGGGCAAGGAUCAGACACAGAGGUUAGAGGUUAAAGAAAGACCUGAUGUGGGAGUUUACAUCAAAGAUUUAUCAGCUUACGUGGUAAAUAAUGCUGAUGAUAUGGAUAGAAUUAUGACACUAGGCCACAAAAAUCGUUCUGUUGGUGCAACUAAUAUGAAUGAACAUAGUUCCCGUUCCCAUGCCAUCUUUACAAUUACUAUAGAAUGCAGUGAAAAAGGCGUUGAUGGUAACAUGCAUGUCAGAAUGGGGAAGCUCCAUCUUGUAGAUCUUGCUGGUUCAGAAAGACAAGCAAAAACUGGAGCUACUGGACAGCGUCUAAAGGAAGCCACAAAAAUCAAUCUUUCGCUUUCCACCCUUGGUAAUGUAAUUUCUGCCUUGGUUGACGGAAAAAGCACUCAUGUUCCUUAUCGCAACUCUAAAUUGACUCGUCUUCUUCAGGAUUCCUUAGGAGGAAAUUCAAAAACCAUGAUGUGUGCAAAUAUUGGGCCAGCAGAUUACAAUUAUGAUGAAACUAUCAGUACAUUACGGUAUGCUAACCGUGCUAAGAAUAUUAAAAAUAAAGCUAGAAUUAAUGAAGACCCAAAGGAUGCUUUGCUUCGCCAGUUUCAGAAAGAAAUAGAGGAACUGAAAAAAAAGCUUGAAGAAGGGGAAGAGAUAUCAGGCUCCGAUAUCAGUGGAUCGGAGGAGGAGGAUGAUGAAGAGGGCGAGGUUGGAGAAGAUGGAGAGAAAAGGAAAAAAAGAAGGGGCAAAAAGAAAGUAUCCCCAGAUAAGAUGGUUGAAAUGCAAGCAAAAAUUGAUGAGGAGAGAAAAGCGCUUGAAACAAAGCUUGAUAUGGAAGAAGAAGAAAGAAACAAGGCUAGAGCUGAAUUAGAGAAACGGGAGAAAGAUCUUCUUAAGGCCCAACAAGAACAUCAGUCUUUGCUAGAGAAAUUAUCUGCACUGGAGAAGAAGGUAAUUGUGGGUGGUGUUGAUUUGUUGGCAAAAGCUGAGGAACAAGAGAAACUUCUUGAAGAAUCUAAUAUGGAACUGGAAGAACGGAGGAAAAGAGCAGAGCAACUUCGCAGAGAACUUGAGGAAAAAGAGCAAGAACGCUUGGAUAUUGAAGAAAAAUAUACCAGCUUGCAAGAGGAAGCACAGGGAAAAACCAAGAAAUUAAAGAAAGUUUGGACUAUGCUGAUGGCUGCCAAAUCAGAGAUGGCUGAUCUCCAACAGGAGCACCAGAGGGAAAUUGAAGGCCUGCUGGAGAAUAUUCGACAGCUUAGCCGGGAGCUCCGGCUUCAGAUGCUUAUCAUUGAUAACUUCAUACCUCAAGAUUAUCAGGAAAUGAUUGAAAACUAUGUCCAUUGGAAUGAAGACAUAGGAGAAUGGCAGCUAAAAUGUGUUGCCUACACAGGAAAUAACAUGAGGAAGCAGACUCCAGCUCCUGAUAAAAAAGAGAAAGAUCCCUUUGAAGUGGACCUUUCCCACGUGUAUCUUGCCUACACUGAGGAGAGCCUCCGGCAGUCCUUGAUGAAAUUAGAGAGGCCACGGACUUCGAAGGGGAAAGCAAGGCCUAAGACAGGGCGAAGAAAGCGUUCUGCAAAGCCUGAAACUGUACUUGACUCUUUACUUCAGUAAAUGUUACAGACUUAAAGUCACAAUAAAAAUUAGUGAUAUUCUCAUGCCUGGACAAAAUCUUUACUUAAAACACUGAAGACUAUUCUGUAAUUUCAAAUAAUGGAAGCUGUAAGUUGUGGAGUAAGACUGGAACUAAUGAAUUGCCUAAUAAGUCUUAGUCAAUAUAAAUAUUAAUGUCAUAUUAAAAUUGUACAACUGGUAGUUCUUCAAAUUGUCAUAUUACGCUCCAGUUUAUACUGUGAAGGGAAGUUGGGGGAGCAGCUCAUACUAUAGAGAGUCGCAGUUUAAAUGUAUACGUAAAUCUGCUAGUGAUUUAUUCAACUGCUGUAAUGAUUAGGUAACUAGAUAGUCAAAAUAGAAGAAAAACGUAAGUCCUGUUUUGCACACAGAAAGUAGCAGAUCUCAUUGUCCUGUGUUGUGCUGUCAUAUAUGAAUGUGUGGGCUACAUAUCGAAGACGACAUUCGAUCCUAACACCCGCGUGGCCUGUUUAAAAAUGUUCUAAUUUUUAUACUAACAUUGUGUUUUAAGUAUAAGAUAACUCAUGUUACUGAUCUUUAGAAAAUUUUAUUAUUCAACAGUCUUUAGAAGUAUACAUGUUUAAAAUACAAAAGUUGGAAAUAUGUUUCUUCUGGACCUCUCGACCUUUUUUGCCACUUCAAGUCAAAUGCACUAUUUUUGUUCUGGUUUUGUGUUCUCUUGAAGCAUUGGAUUUGUAUGUAGAUAGAAAGGAGUCACAGUUGCAGAAAAUUAAGAAGCUAGUAUUGGUCACUGAUCUUUGCCCAUAUGUGUAUAUUUUCUAAAAUUCACUUUGAAGUGUGACUAAUGGAUGCUUGCUUUCCUGUGUCUGAGUUCUAAUUGUGAUGGAAAUUGCUCUGUAUCUCCCAACUGAGAAAGGUCUCCAUUCUCCACAAAAUGCAACCAAAGCAGAAAAUAUGUGUCUUUUAAUUCUUUGGCUUUAAAACACUUUGUUUUGCUUUUACUAAUAUUUUAUAAAAAGAAAAUAUUUUUCCCUUAAUUUCUUUUAUUGACAACUCCCAGUUAGACCAUAUUUCUCUAAAAAUAAGAAAUUUUAUUUUAUAGUAAAUAAGUUGUAGUAGAAUUGUUCUUAUGUUGGCUGCUUACAAGAUUUUAAAUUUUUUGUAAGUGAAGCUACUCCUGAACCACUUAAUAUUUUAUCUUUUAUGAUUUUAAAAUUAUGUAAUCAGCCCUGAAGUCCAUUGGUUGCAAGUUUGAGACUUCAUAAAUAAGUAUUUACUAAGUGAACAGUAUUUUAAUAAGUUUGGUUAAAUAUUGGUUUGUAGUUACAAAGCUGUAUAUGGAGUGGGGGUGAGCGAAGGUGGCGGACUUGUGAGGUGGUGGUAAAAAUGUGUCCCUAAAUUUAAAGUACAUUCCAAAGGUGGUGUACUAAAUGUCCUGUGUAUAGUGAAUAUUUUCUAGUUAAUAAGAAUUGCAUUUAACUGGCAGCAUUUUCUUUGUAAUGUGUAAGAUAGUUAGAAGUUUAUGACUUCUGUGGGGCAUUGUUUAGGUACUGUGAAGACUAGAGGUAAAUUUGUGUCUUGUAAAAGCUUGGUGUGCACAGAAUAUCUUGGCAAUUGUAGAUGCACAUUUAACUGUUAGUAUUUGCUCUAGAAAUGUCUUCAUUUUACCAGUAGAAAAAAACAGAUGCAGACUUCUUUUUAAAAGUCCUUAUCUCUAGCCUUUAGCCAUCCAGUUAAUAGGAAAGGAAUAACUUUAUUUUUUAUUUAUUUUAUUUUAUUUUUGAGUAGAGUUGACACCGUGUGUGUUCCAUUAGUUUCAGGUGGACAACAUGAUUCACCUGCUCUGUUACGCUGUGCUCACCACAAGUGUAGCUCCCCAUCUGUCACCAGGCAGCACUCUUAAAAUAUCGUUGACUGUAUUCCCUUUGCUGUGGGAAAGGAAUAACUUUAGCAUUAAGCUUAUUUAAAACAUAGGACAUUUAAGCCAGUAUGUUAGAUUUAUUUUUCUAUUCCACUUCCGCUGCAGUAACAAAAAGAAAUCUGUAAAAAGUCAAAACAUUGAGGAAUUUACAAAACAGGCCACUUUAGUAGUUAUUAUUUUUUUUAAAGCAUUUACAUUAGAACUGAUUAUACCAGAUGUACAUUAGAUAUUCAUUUUAUGAAAUAGCAAAAUAAGAUAUUCAAGCCAGGCUUGAAUAUCCAUAUGAAAACAUGGAUACUGACUUUAGAGUUAUUCAUUUAGCUUUAAUCAUAGCAAUUCUGUGGUUUCUUCACGUGUACUGUGUCUUUGUCCAUAAAAUGAAAUAUUUUGUAACUUCAGUGUUAAUUUCGUGAAAGGAUAUAGAUGAAGAAACCUCAUUAUUUGAAAUAAAUAGGCAAAUUUAAAAUGAGUGUCACGGGGGCACCUGGGUGGCUCAGUCGUUAAGCGUCUGCCUUCGGCUCAGGUCAUGAUCCCAGGGUCCUGGGAUCGAGCCCCACAUCGGGCUCCCUGCUCAGCAGGAAGCCUACUUCUCUCUCUCCCACUCUGCCUGCUUGUGUCCCCUCUCUUGCUGUGUCUCUCUAUGUCAAAUUAAAAAAAAAAAAAAAAAUCUUAAAAUGAGUGUCACAUAUAAAUAGGUUGUCGAGUAUUUUCUCUUUAAUUUAAAAAAGUGAUGUUUAUUUAUUAAAAGAUACCUUGGUAGAAUGUAUGUUCUUUAAUAAACCCUGUUUUAAAAUCUCAAUUAUAUAUACUAAUAAUUAAGAUAUUAAAAUAUAGUAGUACCCCCCCAUUUUUGUUUAGAUUCUUGUAAAAUAUAAGCUUAACCAAGGUAUAGGGGGGUGGCUUGCAUCUUUGUGUUUAUCUGGCAAGUAGAGUCCAUUUGACAAGGUAUGUCCUCUUUUUUUCUGGGGGAAGGGGACCUUUUUUGCAGCAAGAAAUUUAAGGUUACUUUGGGGGAGGGGGUCAGUACUACUUCAUCUGUAACAUGUUUUUUUAAAAGUUAUGAUUAUGGAUUUUGGGUUGUUGUUUUCAGUCUUUUAAAAACAUCUUUCCCCUUAACUCUUAUAUUAAGGGAAGUCCCUCUUUCCUACAGGGCUCUGAAUUAAGGAAUGGGUAGAGUUUACAUUUAAGCACGCCAGUGUCUGCCCAAUUUCUUAAUGUAUACAUUUGUUUUCCUUUUUAGUGAUUCUUUGUUCUUAAAAUGCUAGAAGAAAACAUAGAUCUUCCUAGUGCCUUUGAACUUAUACUGUAGUUUGAUUAAUUUAAAUCAUUAAUAACUUCAGUAGGAUUACUACAAUACUGUAUACUGGCCAAAAUUGCAAAUCUUAUAAUGAGUUUGUUGCAUUAAUUUCAAAAGCCACACCUUCAUUGUAUUUUAUGUAUAAAUUGUAUUUGUUCAAGUUGUAUAUAUUGAUAUUGUAUGUAUACAUGCAGCAUGGUUAAGUUAGAAAUAAAAAUCUUUACCUAAUA